UCAUUCGUGUUUCUCGAUUGUUUUCGUACGGACGUGUUGUUGCGACUCGUCGUAUUGUUUUUUGUUUUUUGUUUGUUAUUAGUUGUGUAAAGUGAAAUUACUAAUAAGCUAUUAAAUAGCACAAUUAGAUAAAUAUCGGACAAGAUAGUUUGUGGUGGUAAAAGUUUAAACAACAAUCUGUAAUCUACGAAACUAACACACACACAAACACACACGAUGGUUGCACCGAAGGAAAACGCAUCAAAGCAGCUCCGCUACGAUGGGCGGGUCGUGGUGGUGACCGGAGCAGGCGCCGGGCUCGGCCGCGAGUACGCGCUGCUGUUUGCGUCGCGCGGUGCAAAGGUCGUUGUGAACGACCUGGGGGGCAAUUUCCACGGCCAGGGCAAAUCGAACGCCGCCGACAAGGUGGUGGAGGAGAUCCGGGCCGCCGGCGGCGUCGCCGUGCCGGACUACAACUCGGUCGUCGAGGGCGACAAGAUCGUGCAGACGGCGCUGGAGAACUUUGGCCGGAUCGAUGUGCUGGUGAACAAUGCGGGCAUUUUGCGCGACCGCAGCCUGGCCCGCAUCUCGGACGAGGACUGGAACCUGAUCCACGAUGUGCACCUGAAGGGCAGCUUCCUGACGACGCGCGCGGCCUGGCCGGUGAUGAAGAAGCAAAACUAUGGCCGCAUCAUCAUGACGUCGAGCAAUUCGGGCGUGUACGGCAACUUCGGGCAGGCGAACUACAGUGCGGCCAAGCUGGGGCUGGUCGGGCUGGCGAACACGGUCGCGAUCGAGGGCGCGAAGAACAACAUCCAGUGCAAUGUGAUCGUGCCGACGGCCGCCUCCCGCAUGACGGAGGGCAUCCUGCCGGAGAUACUGUUCAAUGAGCUUAAGCCAAAGCUGAUUGCCCCGGUAGUGGCGUACCUGUGCCACGAGUCGUGCGAGGACACCGGCGCCAUCAUCGAAAGUGCGGCCGGCUGGGCGACCAAGGUGCACUUUGUGCGGGGCAGGGGCUGCGUGCUGCGCACCUCGAUCGACGAGGACGUUUCGCCCGAGUACGUGCAGCAGGUGUGGAACCGGGUGACGGACAUGUCGGAGGCGAAACGGCUGAACGCGAUCGGCGAGGCCAGCCUGAGCCUGGUCGGCGUGCUGGAAAAGCUGCGCGACGGCCAGAACAAUGAAAACUCGGUGACGGAAACGUUCCGGUACGGGUUUAAGGAUGCGAUCCUGUACGCGCUCGGCGUCGGUGCGUCCGUUACCGAUCCGACCGAUCUGAAGUUCCUGUACGAGAACAAUCCGGAGUUUGCCGUGCUGCCCACGUUCUUCAUCCUGCCCGGGCUGCUCGCCGUGAUGGGCUCGAGCCUGACUGCGUCCGCCAUCAAGCACACCACGUUUGAUCUUACUAAUAUCCUGCACGGUGAGCAGUACAUCGAGCUGUUCGAAGCACCGGCCACCGAGGGCGUCCUAACGACCACCUCGACCGUGCUGGACGUGGUGGACAAAAAGUCCGGCGCGCUCGUCAUCACGCAGUCCGACUCGUACGACGAGCAGGGCACACUUGUUGCCCGCAAUCAGAGCUCCACCUUUGUCGUCGGUGCCGGCAACUUUAACGGCAAAACGAAGGCAGGCCCGGAGGUGAAACCGCUCGUGCCCAACCCGAAACGUUCGCCGGACGCGUCGGUGGAGGUGCCGACGCACCAGAACCAGGCCGCCGUAUACCGGCUGUCCGGCGAUCUGAACCCGAUGCACAUCGAUCCGAGCUUUUCGGCCAUCGCCGGCUACAAGGUGCCGAUCCUGCACGGCCUCUGCACGAUGGGCGUCUCGGUGAAGGCGGUGCUGAAGCAGUUCGGCGGUGACGAUCCGACCCUGUUCCGGGCGGCCAAGGUGCGCUUCUCCAAACCGGUCCUGCCGGGUCAAACGUUGCGCGUCGACAUGUGGAAGGAGCCGAACAACCGGGUCUGCUUCCGCACGGUCGUGGUGGAGACGAGUACGGAGGUGCUAUCGGGUGCGUACGUAGACUUCAAGCAGAUCGUCAUCAAGCCGAACAUGACUGCCGCCGUUGACCUGCAGAGCGAUGCCGUGUUCGCCGGCAUCAAGGACCGCGUGGCCGAGAACGAGGCCAAGGCGAAGGCCAUCAAUGCGGUCUUCCUGUACAAAAUCACCAGCGGUGGCAAGGUGGCCAAGGAGUGGGUGCUCGACCUGAAGAACGCGAAGGUGUACGAAGGCCCGGUACAGGGUGGCGGUAAGGCCGACACCACCAUGACGAUAGCCGACGGGGACAUGAUCGAGCUGGCGCUCGGCAAACUGCAGCCUCAGACCGCGUUCAUGAAGGGCAAGCUGAAGAUUGCCGGCAACAUUAUGCUGGCCCAGAAGCUGGCCCCGCUGCUCAAGACGGAAGCGAAGCUGUAAGGGCGCGGGGGGACGAGAAACGGGAUGGAGAAGAACACACGAACAUUCUUAUACAAAGUGCAAAGUGCAUGCCAGCCAGAGUUCGUACGUACAUUUCCAAAGUUAAGCAGAAUUCAGUUUUCGGGUAGUACUCAUCACCACCACACUACAAGCCACAUCGAACAACGAAGCGUAGGGUCUAUAAAGUCAAUCACCACUACCAUCACCGGCGGAGAAGCUCUAGGUUCGUUUGUUUUAGCGGAGCGCGCGCGGGAGCAUGACUGGACAAGAUUUUACUGUAUGUUCAUUCCCUUUUUUUCUUCCUUUUUAAUCUGCCCUCUGAUAAGCCGUUCGAACCGGUGCUGAAAGCGCUGGGGGAGGAGAGUGAGAGGCAUUGGCAUUUCUUUUACGCCGCGAAAGGAAGAUUAUUAUUAUGUUUCGUGUUUCCGUUUUAUGUUGUUUCUAAUUUUAAAUCCGUUGCUCCCUUACUCCGUGUGCUUAAUUGCGGUAUGGCGGUACCUUUACGCUGUUAUUAUUACGACCUACACUGGUAGAAGAGCUAGUAUUGUGUAUGUAUGGUGUCGAUUGCGUUGGCAUGUUUAAAUCAAAAAUCUACAAUACCGACGGGGGUUAUGGGCAAUAAAAUGGAAGAAAAUGAAAAAUUUGUACCAAAAACAAAAA